AUGCUUAGAGCAGCAUUUCAAGCCUCUAAAAUUGCUACUUCGGCCUGGAGACCUCCUGUGGAAAUGAUGAAAAAAUUUUAUUUUUCAAAAUUCCAAAUUCGACCAAUUUCCACGACAAGUAUUUCGAAAACCGGCGAUUUUGAGUAUGAAGACCCAAAAAGUGAGGAUGAAGUUGUAAAUAUCACAUAUGUGUUAAGAGACGGAACUGAGCGGAAAAUUCGAGGAAAAGUGGGCGAUAAUGUCAUGUUUUUGGCGCACAGAUACGACAUUGAAAUGGAGGGAGCUUGCGAGGCAUCGCUGGCAUGUUCCACGUGUCAUGUCUACGUGGAUCCGGCGUUUUCAGAUAAGCUCCCAGAGCCACUGGAAGAGGAGGAUGAUAUGUUGGAUAUGGCGCCCGCUCUGAAGGACAACUCUCGUCUCGGAUGUCAAAUCGUUUUAACCAAGGAACUGGACGGGAUUACGGUCACUUUGCCAACGAUGACACGCAAUUUCUAUGUUGAUGGACAUGUCCCAAAACCUCAUUAA